AUGCUUUAUGAAUCUGACGAACUUGAUGAGAAAUUAGAGAUAAGUAAUAAAUUUUGGGAAGCUGAUCACAUCAUUCAACAACAACCGAUUACUACACAAAAAAAUUUAGAUAUUGCAUAUACAAGUCAUCUUAUUGAUGUUAAUGAAAUUUCUAAACAAUUCAGUGCAGAAAUUGAGUCAGGUAAUAUAGUAGCUCAUUAG